CCCGCUCUCCCGCACCCCGGGGCCCCCUGCUCGGGCCGAGGGCGCGGGGCGGGCGCCGGGCGCGCUGUGCACUUGCCGGGCGGUGCAGGUGGCGGCGCGCGCCCUCCGCCUCUGGGUCUGGGCCAGCGCUGCGCUCCGCGCGCCCGGAGGGGCGGGAGAGGCGGGGCGGCCCCCGUCCCAGCCCCAUUUAACUUCGCGGCGGCGGCGGCGCCGCGGGCUGGAGGCCGGCGUCGGGGAAGGUCCUACUCUCGGAUUCCGCACGAGGUGUGGACGCGGCCGUCUCUGUUGCCCCUCUCCAGCGCGCGCCUAACCCGCGCGUCUUGGACCGCACGUCCCGGACGCUCCUGCGGCGCAAGGUGAGACCCCCAGCAUCCGGGACCCCAUGGCUUCCUGGAAGAGCCCCUGCUGGCUGCUGAUGUGGAUGGUCUUCACGCACUCUGCCCUUCUGCAGAUCACAGCAGAGAAGUCUCCUGGAGCCUAUUUCCUUCCUGAGUUCGCGCUCUCCCCUCAGGGAAGUUUUCUGGAAGAUACAACAGGCGAGCAGUUUCUCACCUAUCGCUAUGAUGACCAGACCUCCAGAAACACUCGUUCAGAGGAAGAGAAAGAUGGCAAUUGGGAUGCCUGGGGAGACUGGAGCGACUGCUCCCGGACGUGCGGGGGCGGAGCGUCAUACUCUCUGCGGAGAUGUCUGACUGGGAGGAAUUGUGAAGGGCAGAACAUUCGAUAUAAGACAUGCAGCAAUCAUGACUGCCCUCCGGAUGCAGAGGACUUCAGAGCCCAGCAGUGCUCCGCGUACAAUGAUGUCCAGUAUCAGGGGCGCUAUUACGAAUGGCUUCCACAGUAUAAUGAUCCUGCUGCCCCCUGCGCGCUCAAGUGUCAUGCCCGGGGUCAGAACUUGGUGGUGGAGCUGGCUCCCAAGGUACUGGAUGGAACUCGUUGCAAUGCUGACUCCCUGGACAUGUGUAUCAGUGGCAUUUGUCAGGCUGUGGGCUGCGACAGGCAGCUGGGAAGUAACGCCAAGGAGGACAACUGUGGUGUCUGUGCUGGCGACGGCUCCACCUGCAGGCUCGUGCGGGGACAAUCAAAGUCCCAGGUUUCUCCUGAAAAAAGGGAAGAAAAUGCAAUCGCUGUCCCUUUGGGGAGUCGAAGUGUGAGAAUUACGGUGAAAGGACCCGCACAUCUCUUUAUUGAAUCAAAAACACUUCAAGGAAACAAAGGAGAACACAGCUUUAACAGCCCUGGAGUUUUUGUUGUAGAAAACACAACAGUGGAAUUUCAGAAGGGCUCAGAGAGGCAGACCUUCAAGAUUGCAGGGCCUCUGAUGGCCGAUUUCAUCUUCAAGACCAGGUACACUGUGGCCAAGGACAGCGUGGUCCAGUUCUUCUUUUACCAGCCCAUCAGCCAUCAGUGGAGACAAACGGACUUCUUCCCCUGCACUGUGACCUGUGGCGGAGGGUAUCAGCUCAAUUCUGCUGAAUGUGUGGAUAUCCGCUUGAAGAGGGUGGUCCCUGACCAUUAUUGCCACUACUACCCUGAAAACGUCAAACCAAAACCCAAACUGAAGGAGUGCAGCAUGGAUCCGUGCCCGUCCAGCGAUGGAUUUAAAGAGAUCAUGCCCUAUGACCACUUCCAACCGCUCCCUCGCUGGGAACAUAAUCCUUGGACUGCGUGUUCUGUGUCCUGUGGAGGCGGCAUUCAGAGGCGGAGCUUCGUGUGUGUCGAGGAGUCCAUGCAUGGCGAGAUACUGCAGGUGGAAGAAUGGAAGUGCAUGUACGCACCCAAACCCAAGGUGCUGCAAACUUGCAACCUGUUCGAUUGCCCCAAGUGGGUCGCCAUGGAGUGGUCUCAGUGCACAGUGACUUGUGGCCGAGGCUUACGUUACCGGGUUGUUCUGUGUAUCAACCACCGUGGUCAGCACGUUGGCGGCUGCAAUCCUCAACUCAAGUUACACAUCAAAGAAGAGUGUAUCAUUCCCAUCCCGUGUUAUAAACCAAAAGAAAAAAGUCCAGUGGAAGCUAAAUUACCUUGGCUGAAACAAGCACAAGAACUAGAAGAGACCAGAAUAGCAACAGAAGAACCAACGUUCAUCCCGGAGCCCUGGUCGGCCUGCAGUGCCACGUGUGGGCUGGGGGUUCAGGUCCGGGAGGUGAAGUGCCGGGUGCUCCUGACGUUCACGCAGACGGUGACCGAGCUGCCGGAGGAUGAGUGCGAGGGCCCCCCGCCGCCUGCUGAGCGGCCCUGCCUCCUGGGAGCCUGCGAGGAGGGCCCUGCCUCCCGCGAGCUGCACGUCUCUCUCCCCGAGAAGGACAGCGAGAUGAUUUAUGACUGGGAGUACGCUGGGUUCACCCCCUGCACGGCGACAUGUCUGGGAGGCCAUCAAGAAGCUAUAGCAGUGUGCUUACACAUCCAGACUCAGCAGACAGUCAAUGACACCUUAUGCAACAUGGUCCACCGUCCUCCAGCGAUGAGCCAGGCUUGUAACACAGAACCCUGCCCGCCCAGGUGGCACACGGGCUCUUGGGGACCCUGCUCAGCUACCUGUGGUGUUGGAAUCCAGACCCGAGAUGUAUACUGCCUACACCCCGGGGAGUCCCCCGCCCCUGCUGAGGAAUGUAGAGAUGAAAAGCCCCAUGCCUUGCAAGCAUGCAAUCAGUUUGAUUGCCCUCCAAGCUGGCAUAUUGAAGAAUGGCAGCAGUGUUCCAGGACUUGUGGUGGGGGAACUCAGAAUCGGAGAGUCACCUGUCGGCAGCUGUUGACAGAUGGCAGCUUUUUGAAUCUCUCAGAUGAGUUGUGCCAAGGACCCAAGGCAUCUUCUCAUAAGUCCUGUGCCAGAACAGACUGUCCUCCACAUUUAACCACGGGAGACUGGUCGAAGUGUUCUGUCAGUUGUGGUGUUGGAACCCAGCGAAGAAAGCAGGUGUGUCAAAGGCUGACAGCCAAGGGCCGGCGCGCCCCCCUCAGCGAGAUGACGUGCAGACACCUUCCGCGGCCCCCUCUUGUAAGAUCUUGCCAGAUGCCUGUGUGCAGUGAAAUGAGACCAGAGACGAAGCUGAAGCUUGGUGAGCAGGGUCCUCGAAUCCUCGGGGUCCAGAGGGUCUACAUUCAGACGCGGGAAGAGAAGCGCAUUAACCUGACCGUCGGCAGCCGAGCCUAUUUGCUGCCCAACACCUCCGUGAUUAUUAAGUGCCCAGUGCGACGAUUCCAGAAAUCUCUGAUCCAGUGGGAGAAGGAUGGCCGUUGUCUGCAGAACUCCAAGGGCCUCGGCAUCACCAAGGCAGGCUCGCUAAAAAUCCACAGUCUCGCGGCCCCGGACAUCGGCAUGUACCGGUGCAUCGCGGGCUCUGCACAAGAGACAGUUGUCCUCAAGCUCAUCGGCACCGACAACCGGCUCAUUGCACCCCCAGCCCUCAGGGAGCGCCUGGGGGAACGUCCUGGGAUGGACCACAAUGAGGCCAAUAGUUGGGGAGCUGCAUGGCAUAAAAUGAGGCAAAUGUGGAGUACCAAAAAUGAGCUUUAUCUGGACGACGGGCAAGUGAAUAAGCAGCCUUUCUUGAGAGCUCUGCUGGGCCCCUGCAGCAGCUCUGCAGGAAACACCAACUCCUGGGAGCUUAAGAAUAAGCAGUUCGAAGCCGCUGUCAAGCAAGGAGCGUACAGUGUGGACGUGGCCCAGUUUGAUGAACUGAUCAGAAACAUGAGUCAGCUCAUGGAAACCGGGGAGGUUAGUGACGACCUGGCGUCCCAGGUGAUCUACCAGCUGGUGGCCGAGUUAGCCAAGACGCAGCUGGCACACACGCAGUGGAGGGGCAUCCGGGAAGAGGAGCUCCCUGCAGCUCAGCUAAGGGGGGAAACAGGAAGUGUGCCCCAAAGCUCAAAUGCGAGAAACUCAGGCAAGCUGACUUUCAAGCCAAAGGGCCCCGUUCUCGUGAGGCAAAGCCAACCCACCUCGAUUUCCUUUAAUAAAACAGUAAAUUCAAGGAUUGGAAACACAGUGUACAUUACGAAAAGGACCGAGGUCGUGAAUAUACUGUGUGAGCUUCUUACCCCCAGUGAGGCCACAUAUACCUGGACCAAGGAUGGAGCGUUGUUACAACCCUCGGAAAAAAUAAUUUUGGAUGGAAUGGGGAAAAUACGGAUACAGAAGCCUACGAAGGAAGAGGAAGGGGUAUACGGAUGCUCCGUGGCUAAUCCUCUCGGCUCUGAUGUGGAAAGCUCUUCCGUGCUGUAUGCAGAGGCGCCCGUCAUCUUGGCUGUUGAAAGAAACAUCACCAGACCCGAGAGCAGCCAUCUGUCCGCUGUGGUCGGAGGCAUCGUGGAGGCAGCCCUGGAGGCAAACGUGACAAUCCGGUGUCCUGUAAAAGGUGUCCCUCAGCCUAAUAUAACUUGGGUGAAGAGAGGAGGAUCUCUGAGUGACAAUAUUUCCUUGCUUUUCAAUGGAUCCCUGUUGUUGCAGAAUGUUUCCCUUGAAAAUGAAGGAACCUAUGUCUGCACAGCCACCAAUGCUCUUGGAAAGUCAAUGGCAACAUCUGUGCUCCGCUUGCUGGAACAAAGAUGGUCAGACAAUAAAACUGUAUUUCCCAAGGACCAUAAAAAGCAUGUUCUCCGGGCAUCCAACACUGGAACCAAAAGCAAUGACCCAACAGGAGGACCCCUACUUCCAGAGCCUGUCUGGGAGCUUGGUAACUGGACACGGUGUUCUGCCACCUGUGGCCACCUGGGAGCCCGCAUCCAGAGACCCCGGUGUGUGAUGGUCGAUGGGCAGGCAGUGAGCGAGGCCCUUUGUGAUCCCCUCCAGAAGCCGCUGGCCGGGUUUCAACCCUGUAACGUCCGGGACUGCCCCUCGAGGUGGUCCACGAGCGCGUGGUCCGAGUGCUCUGUGUCUUGCGGUGAAGGAUCCCGCAGUCGGCAAGUGACCUGCAAGCGCACAAGAGCCAACGGGACUGUGCAGGUGGUGUCUCCACGAGCAUGUGCCCCCAGGGACAGGCCUCGGGGGAGGAGAGCGUGCACCAGUCCGCCGUGCGUUCAGUCGCCCGCUGGACCAGGGGACCAGUGUCCCGGACGCUGCCUGGGCCGUGCUGGGAGGACGCAGCGCCAUCUCGUCGUCUGUCAGCACCACAACGGCUCUGACUCCAGCUGUGAGGACAGGAGGUACUGGCUCCGCCCUAGGGCAGCACACAGCUCUCCUACCUCGGUCCCCGCCCAGGACUGCGCGGAAGUAGAAUUACUCUAUCUGUCCACCACCUCGCGUAAUUGACAAUUCCUAGGAAAUUAUGGUUUCUUAU